CAGUCAGGAAAACAAAACUGUAUUUGUGUACUACCAUGGACAAGAUAAAGUGGGUCUGACACAGAUACAUGGAGACCAUGUUCUACUGCACCUCUGACUCUGAGAAGACAACUCCAACAGAUAUGGCUUUUACUGACACAGAAGAUAUGCCUCGUCAGUUCCCAAAGGUAACACUGAGUGAGGCGGAGGAGGAGACACAGCUGCUUGCAGAGAGAGUCUAUGCAUCAGCGCUGAAAGAAGAAGACAAUAAGGAUGCCUUAUCUAUGUUCACUGUGCCUGAGGAUUGCCCGAUUGGUCUGCAGCAAGCCAAAGAUUAUGAACUUCUCAAGGAGCUGGCAGAACAGCAGUCUGAAGAGAGUACCAAAAGAAGGAAAAGCUUGAAGAUGAUUCGUUCCCAGUCUAUGUCUUUACAAAUCCCAGUGGCUACAGAAUUAAAUUGCUCAGUCGCAGUUACACCAUUCUUGUCUCCAAGCUCCACCUGCUCAUCGCUUCCAGAACACUGCCCUGAUUAUCAGAGAGUCACUAUAAGUGGGGAUUACUGUGCUGGAAUCACAGUUGAAGACUACGAACAGGCAGCCAAGAGUCUAUUCAAGGCCCUGCUUAUUCGUGAGAAAUACUCUAAACUAGCCUAUCACAGAUUCUGCAGAACCACAGCACAGUUCCUCCGCAACGCUGAGAAUAUGAGAUGGAGUGAAGAUGAUGAAGUUCUACCAGAUAUCUGCCCGUGUCCGACAGAUGGAGAGGAUCCCUACAGAAUGGAAAACAUCCCAGAAAACCUCAACUAUGAACUGAGGAUGAAAGAUGGAAUAGUACAUGUAUAUGAUAAUGCCGAGACACUGAGAGCAAACAAACCCCAUGACCUUCCAUAUCCAGACUUGGAAACUUUUGCCAUUGACCUCAGUCAUGUGCUGGCAAUGAUUGCAGAUGGUCCCACGAAGACAUAUUGUCACAGACGUCUAAACUUCUUGUGCUCCAAGUUCUACCUCCAUGAGAUGCUAAAUGAAAUGGCUGAGCUAAAGGAACUGAAAAGUGUGCCUCACAGAGACUUCUAUAACGUUAGGAAGGUGGACACACAUAUUCAUGCUGCUGCCUGCAUGUCUCAGAAGCACCUGCUGACCUUCAUUCAGAAAACAUAUGAGACGGACGCAGAUCGUGUGGUGUUGGAAAAAGCUGGACAAAAGAUGACUCUCCAGCAGGUUUUUCACAGCCUUAAUAAAGACCCCUAUGAUCUCACUGUGGACUCUCUGGAUGUACAUGCUGGGAGACAAACCUUCCACCGCUUUGAUAAGUUCAACUCAAAGUAUAAUCCAGUGGGAGCCAGCGAACUGAGAGAAAUCUUCCUCAAAACAGACAACCUGAUUGAUGGAGAGUAUUUUGCUCGCAUAAUAAAGGAAGUGGCCCAUGAUCUAGAGGAAAGUAAGUACCAGCACGCAGAGCCACGGCUGUCCAUCUAUGGACGCUCUCCAGACGAGUGGGACAGCCUGUCCAAGUGGUUUAUCCAACACAAAGUGCACUCACCAAACAUGAGGUGGAUCAUUCAAGUGCCCAGGAUAUAUGAUAUUUUCAAGUCAAGGAAGCUGGUCCCAAAUUUUGCCAAGAUGUUGGAGAAUGUAUUUCUACCUCUCUUUGAGGCUACUGUUAAUCCACAGGAUCACAAAGAGCUUCAUGUUUUCCUCAAAUAUGUUUCUGGCUUUGACAGUGUAGAUGACGAGUCCAAACACAGUGAUCACAUGUUCUCCUUCAGGAGCCCAAAGCCAGAGCAGUGGACUGGAGAUAACAACCCACCCUACAGCUACUACCUCUUCCAUAUGUAUGCAAACAUCAUGGUCCUCAACAACCUCAGAAAAGAGCGUGGCCUGAGCACCUUCCAGUUCCGUCCUCACUGUGGAGAAGCAGGAUCAAUCACUCAUUUGGUUUCUGCUUUUCUGACAGCUGACAACAUCUCACAUGGACUCAACUUGAAAAAGAGUCCUGUGCUGCAGUACUUGUACUACCUGGCUCAGGUCCCUAUUGCAAUGUCUCCACUCAGCAACAACAGCCUGUUCCUGGAGUAUUCCAAAAACCCUCUGAGGGAAUUUCUGCACAAGGGCCUAUGUGUGUCCCUGUCCACGGAUGAUCCCAUGCAGUUUCACUACACCAAGGAACCAUUAAUGGAGGAGUAUGCUAUAGCGGCUCAGCUGUGGAAGCUCAGCACUUGUGAUGUGUGUGAAAUAGCCAGGAACAGUGUCCUGCAAAGUGGUCUUUCACAUCAGGAAAAAAAGCACUUCUUAGGUGUGAACUAUCCUAAAGAUGGACCUGGGGGCAAUGACAUCCGUCGGACUAACGUGGCCCAGAUCCGCAUGGCCUACAGACACGAGACGCUGUGUAAUGAACUGAGCUUCAUAGUCGAUGCAGUGAAAUCUGAAACAAUGGCAUCCUAGUUUGAGCAAAAUGGACA